GGUAACAGUCAGAACUGCCGCGGUUCGUUUUAAGUGCAUGCUUUGUGGCCGUCUGGUGCUACAACAAAAAACGCACAAAGCCACUUGUUCACAGUCAAACCCUGUCCUUUAACCAUCCCAUAACCCCAAAACAAUGUGUGUCGCCGGUUUGGAAUUGACGAUGGAGCUAGUGACAGAUUGAUGGCAUGAGAACGGCCAACUGACAGCCACAGGUUGAUUUACAUUUCCUGAGUUGGAUUCCUUCGCAUUACAUUUGUCAUCAAGCAGAUCUUGUUUACUGGGGAGAAACUGACUAUUUAUUUAAGGCUCUGCGGGAUUAAAAUGCUUCUUUUACGACUGCAAAAACAUAUAAAUCCUGUGCGAAAACACCCACUAGAGGGCAACAACUUAUAGAUACACAUUUUUAGAAAAUAUCACACUAGCUAGAUACAGUGGAAGAGAAGUGAUAACCACAGACGGAAACACUGAUACGGGCCAAGGGCAGAAUACUUUGGAAUUUCCCUGGUUGGGAGACCACUUUCACAGCAUGCAACUGCAUGUGGCCUUGUAGGCACAGACGGAAUGACCAAUGGGCCGCCUUCCUGUUUCAUUAUCUGUCAGAGUGGCAAAACCGUCCCCUCAGGACAGGACACAUGGACACCAGAUGGCAGGGGACAGGACAGUAAUAGUCUCUGAAAGCUCACAGUACACGAAUCACAGCAUGAGCGCAUGUCAACACAUAAACACAACCUGACAGAUGUUAAGCGCCUGAACUCCUCUGAUUGUGGAGAUUUAAACACAUAUAAAUCAAUCAUGCCUGUGCUGUAGAAAAAAAACAAAACCUCCAUCUCCACCCAAACACUGUGCACCAGGAAAGCCUGGUUAGGCGUUCCAGUGAAUCCUUACGUAAGUCCCACAGUGCAUGAUACAAGGAGAGCCCUGCUGACAUGCGACAGUCGUGCCUGUACACGUCCUGUCAUCACUGGAAUGAAAAUAAUGCUUCCCAACCCAGUGUCUUCCUGGGACUGGGACAUCCAAACAAUCUUUUUGUUGUCAUGCCGACAUUAAAUACUUCCAUAACAAGUGCCCUGUUCUUUGCUUCAAAUGUCUGAUUUAAAAAAAGAAUUUCUUGACAUCUAGCCGAUUUGUUGAUUUUGAGUCAACAUUGUAAGUGCUAAAGAAGAAAGUGGGCGAUUUCUGAGGAAGCUGAAAGAAGGAAAUAUUAUUCGUGAGAAAAAAGAACAGGAACCCGCAACGUGUCAUUUGUAUAUUUCAAGCUAAAGCCUCAUUUAUUCCACUAUAUUUCUGCUAAUGCGAGUGUGGUUGGUAAGAGAUGAAAACAACAAACCAAUUAAUGGCUCCUUUCCAGCACAACACAAUAUACAGCUGUGAUGGGACAAAGCUGAUCCAUAUGGGAUGUUAUUUUAUACCCUCCUUUUAUCCCGUCUUUUUCCUGCUCAGACAUAAACAAAAGGGCAGCGGCCACCGAGAAACUCCCUGCGUGACAUCAGGAGAGAGGGAGAGAUUAAUGACUUGGAUGAGGCUGAGGAACAGCUUCUCUUUUGUUUGCCGUGCUGUGCAAAGAACCCCUACAAACAGAGAGCAGUGACUAAAAGGAAUUUAUAUUUAUGCCGCAACACAACACGUUCUUAAAGGCACGCACACAUGAAUGGCCAGCUACGUGCUGCAGAGAGGUGCUCGGUGUGAGCAGCGGAGGGAGUGGAGGCGGGCUGAGGCGGAGAGAUCACUCUGUGGUGCACACAGCUCUGCUCCUCUGGAUACACACCAACUGUUUCUGUGUGGCUACAGAAAGGAUCCUUACCAUCCACUUCACAGCAGCUGCUCAGAUCAGCAAAAAAAAUGGAAGACUACUAUUAUCACGACGAUGCGGACAGCUUUAAUGACAGCUACGAUUACAGUUAUGAACACAGCGUUUGUGAUAAGGAGGAGGUGCGCAAUUUUGCUGGUGUCUUCCUCCCAAUCAUCUACGCCGUGGCUCUGGUGGUGGGCCUGGCUGGGAAUGCCCUGGUAGUGGUGGUCUACACAUCAAAAGUGCGACUACGAACCCUGACGGACGUGUGCAUCCUGAACCUCGCCAUUUCAGAUCUGCUGCUUCUCUUCACCCUGCCUUUCUGGGCGGCUGACGCCGUCCACGGCUGGAAGUUGGGUCCUGCGGCCUGCAAGAUCACCUCCUUCCUCUACAGCACCAACUUCAGCUGUGGCAUGCUGCUGCUCGCGUGCAUCAGCGUGGAUCGCUAUCGUGCUGUGGCCCACAAUCCAACAGGCAGGACUGUGACGGGACCCCGCGUGAGGAGACAGUGGAUCCUGGUGUGCGUGGUGUUGUGGGCAGUUGCCAGCUUUCUUGGCAUUCCCGAGCUUGUCUUCUCCACAGUGAAGCACUCCCAUCACAGGAUGGCCUGCACAGCCAUCUACCCUCACAACAUGGCCCGACCUGCCAAGGCUGCCCUGGAGCUGCUGGAGGUGACCCUUAGGUUCUUGCUACCCUUCUUGGUCAUGGUGGUGUGCUACAGCCUCGUAGGGCGGGCGCUGAGUCAGGCAGCUGGGGUGCGGAGAGACCGGAAGUGGCGCGCCCUUCGGGUCCUUUUGGCUGUGGUGGCUGUUUUCCUGCUCACCCAGCUGCCCUACAACGUGGUCAAGCUGUGCCGAGCGAUGGAUGUCAUCUACAUCCUCGUGACCGACUGUGAAGUCAGCAAGAGCCUGGAUCGAGCUAUCCAAGUGACAGAGGCCCUGGCGCUGGCCCACGCCUGCAUUAACCCUCUCCUCUAUGCAUUCAUGGGGUCCUCUUUCAGGGGACACGUCCUCAAGGCUGCCAAACACUUUGGUCAGCGACUUGGGAGACACCCGAGACACGUCCCAGAGGAGCCGGCAGUGGAGAUUGCACUCAAAACGUGCACUCAAACGCAAUCCCAGUCUGGUUCAGAGGACCAAGCCACCAGCACGUUUACCAUUUAAGACUAACAUGUAACUAUUUCCAUAUAAGAACCUAUACAGCAUUGCAUUUUUAUGUAUAUAUUUUUAAUAUUACACAAGAUAGUGUCAUUUUACUGUCUUACAAGAUAGACCAUAAUGGCAACACAUAUCAUUUCUUAGUGUGAUAAAUAUAAAUGUACAGUGAGUUUAUAUGCAAACUAUUUUGUAGAAAUUUUGUAUUUUGCUAAAUAAAAAGAACAAAAAUCUUCA